CCUGGCACCAUGUCUCUGCUCAACCCUGUCCUGCUGCCCCCCAAGGUGAAGGUCUAUCUGAGCCAAGGCGAGCGCUUCAUCAAAUGGGAUGAUGAAACUACAAUAGCCUCUCCAGUUAUCCUCCGUGUGGACCCCAAGGGCUAUUAUUUAUACUGGACAUAUCAGAGUAAGGAGAUGGAGUUUCUGGAUAUCACCAGCAUCCGGGACACCCGCUUUGGGAAGUUUGCCAAGAUACCCAAGAGCCAGAAGCUCCGGGAUGUCUUCAACUUGGACUUUCCUGAUAACAACUUCCUGCUGAAGACACUCACGGUGGUGUCUGGACCCGACAUGGUGGACCUCACCUUCCACAACUUUGUCUCCUACAAGGAGAACGUGGGCAAGGACUGGGCUCAGGAUAUACUGGCCCUGGUUAAGCACCCGCUGACGGCCAAUGCCCCCCGCUGCACCUUCCUGGACAAAAUCCUGGUGAAGCUCCAGAUGCAGCUCAAUCCUGAAGGGAAGAUUCCUGUGAAGAACUUUUUUCAGAUGUUUCCUGCUGACCGCAAGCGCGUGGAAGCUGCUCUCAGUGCCUGCCAUCUCGCAAAAGGCAAGAAUGAUGCCAUCAAUCCUGAGGACUUCCCAGAAUCUGUCUACAAGAGUUUCCUCAUGAACCUCUGUCCUCGGCCGGAAAUAGAUGAGAUCUUCACUUCCUACCACGCUAAGGCCAAACCGUACAUGACCAAGGAGCACCUGACCAAAUUCAUCAACCAGAAACAGCGGGACUCACGGCUCAACUCACUGCUGUUCCCACCAGCACGGCCUGACCAGGUGCAGGGACUCAUCGAAAAGUAUGAGCCCAGUGGCAUCAACGUGCAGAGGGGCCAGCUGUCACCCGAGGGCAUGGUCUGGUUUCUCUGUGGGCCAGAGAACAGCGUGCUGGCCCAGGAGAAGCUGCUGCUCCACCACGACAUGACGCAGCCACUCAAUCACUACUUCAUCAACUCCUCACACAACACCUACCUGACAGCUGGCCAGUUCUCAGGCCUUUCUUCGGCUGAGAUGUACCGGCAGGUGCUGCUGGCCGGCUGCCGUUGCGUGGAGCUAGACUGCUGGAAGGGGAAGCCCCCUGACGAGGAGCCCAUCAUCACCCAUGGCUUCACCAUGACCACAGACAUCUUCUUCAAGGAAGCAAUUGAAGCUAUUGCAGAAAGUGCCUUUAAGACCUCCCCCUAUCCUGUCAUCCUGUCAUUUGAAAAUCACGUGGACUCUCCCCGCCAACAGGCUAAGAUGGCUGAGUACUGCCGGAUGAUAUUUGGGGACAUGCUGCUCACAGAGCCCCUGGAAAAGUUUCCACUGAAACCAGGCAUUCCCCUGCCCAGCCCUGAAGAUCUCAAGGGCAAGAUCCUCAUCAAGAACAAGAAGAACCAGUUUUCUGGCCCAGAAGCCCCCAACAAGGAACCUGGUGGGGAGGCCGAGGGCGGCUGCCCGCCCAGUGCCCCUGCCAGUGGUGAGGACACAGUGUGGGCUGCUGAGGAAGGGACUGAGCUGGAGGAGGAGGCGGAAGAAGAGGAGGAGGAGUUGGGAAGCCUGGAUGAAGAAGAGAUGAAGAAGUUGCAGUCAGAUGAGGGCACAGCGGGCCUGGAAGUGACGGCUUAUGAGGAAAUGUCCAGCCUAGUCAAUUACAUCCAGCCCACCAAGUUCAUUUCCUUCGAGCUCUCUGCCCAGAAGAACCGAAGUUAUGUCAUCUCCUCCUUUACGGAACUCAAGGCUUAUGACCUGCUCUCCAAGGCCUCAGUGCAGUUUGUGGACUACAACAAGCGCCAGAUGAGCCGCAUUUACCCCAAGGGCACCCGCAUGGAUUCCUCCAACUACAUGCCCCAGAUGUUCUGGAAUACCGGAUGCCAAAUGGUUGCCCUCAACUUCCAGACGAUGGACCUGCCCAUGCAACAGAACAUGGCGCUGUUUGAGUUCAACGGGCAGAGUGGCUACCUCCUCAAGCAUGAGUUCAUGCGCCGGCCGGAGAAGCAGUUCAAUCCCUUCUCGGUGGACCGCAUUGAUGUGGUGGUUGCCACCACCCUUUCCAUUACGGUGAUCUCUGGGCAGUUCCUGUCAGAACGCAGUGUGCGCACCUAUGUGGAAGUGGAGUUGUUUGGCCUUCCUGGAGACCCUAAGAGGCGCUAUCGUACCAAGCUGUCACCCAGUACCAACUCCAUCAAUCCUGUCUGGAAUGAGGAGCCCUUUGUCUUUGAGAAGAUCCUGAUGCCAGAGCUGGCCUCCCUCAGGGUGGCUGUGAUGGAGGAAGGCAGCAAGUUCCUCGGACACCGCAUCAUCCCCAUCAAUGCCCUAAACUCUGGAUAUCAUCAUUUGUGCCUGCACAGUGAGAGCAACAUGCCCCUCACCAUGCCUGCGCUCUUUGUCUUCCUGGAGAUGAAGGACUAUGUACCCGAUACCUGGGCAGAUCUUACUGUGGCCCUCGCCAACCCCAUCAAGUUCUUCAGUGCCCAGGACAAGAAGUCUGUGAAGCUCAAGGAGGCCAUGGGAGGUCUACCCGAGAAACCCUUCCUACCCGGAAAUCCAGUUGCUGGCCAGGUCAAUGGGGCCUCAGCCCCAACGAGCAACGGGUCAGCAGCAGCCGGAGCCAGAGCCAGGGAAGAGGCCACGAAAGAAACUUUGGAGCCGCGGACCGCCAGCCUGGAGGAGCUGCGGGAGCUGAAGAGCGUCGUGAAGCUGCAGCGGCGGCACGAGAAGGAGCUGCGGGAGCUGGAGCGUCGCGGCGCGCGGCGCUGGGAGGAGCUACUGCAGCGGGGCGCAGCGCAGCUGGCCGAGCUCGGGGCGCUGGGCGCGGGGGGCGGCGGGCGCCGCAGGCUCGGCCCGGGCAAGGGUUCCUGCAAGAAGAGAACCCUGCCCUGCGAGGAGAGCGCCGGGGCAGCGCCAGGCGAGGGCCCCGAGGGCGCGGAGGCGCGCGUGCGGGAGCUGAAGGACAGGCUGGAGCUGGAGCUGCUACAGCAGGGCGAGGAGCAGUACGAGUGCAUCCUGAAACGCAAGGAGCAGCACGCGGCUGAGCAAAUCGCCAUGAUGAUGGAGCUGGCCAGGGAGAAGCAGGCAGCAGAGCUGAAGGCCCUCAAGGAGACCGCAGAGAUUGACACCAAAGAGAUGAAGAAAAAGCUGGAAGCCAAGAGGUUGGAGCGGAUCCAGGCCAUGACCAAAGCCACCACAGACAAGAUGGCCCACGAGAGGUUGAAGAGAGAGAUCAACAACUCCCACAUCCAGGAAGUGGUUCAAAUCAUCAAGCAGAUGACGAAGAACCUGGAGAGGCACCAGGAGAAGUUGGAGGAAAAGCAGGCGGCCUGCCUGGAACAGAUCCGGGAGAUGGAAAAGCAGUUCCAACAGGAGGCGCUGGCAGAGUAUGAGGCCAGGAUGAAAGGCCUGGAGGCCGAGGUGAAGGUGUCAGUGAGGGCCUGCUUCCCCUCCGAGGCCAAGGACAAGCCUGAGAGAGCCUGCAAGGCCCCUGGGGAGCUGUGUGAGCCGGACCCACUCGUACCAAACGCAGAUGCCCAGGAGAGCCGCCUCUGAUGUCCCCACCCCACUGGGACAUUAGCAAGGAUGUUCAGACCCUUCUCUGGGAUGUGGCUCCAUCCCUCCAGCGAAGAAAGGGCCCCAGAACUCUAAGACUGUGGGAAGCUGGGGCUCCCUUGGAUGCUGCAGCCCUCAAUAGCUGGGCUAGAGGAGGAGGCAGAAACAGGAAACCAUCAGGACAGGAGCCCAUCUGGGGUCUACAAGUCCUCUCCAAGCUGAUUUCCUGCUCCCCAUUCUCCCCCACACUCCCAGGAUAAGUGUCAUAUAAUUGUUGAGGGCAAAGAAUAGGACUGGGAGGCAGGACAUGGGGUCCUGGCUCCACUCUGCCUUUCGUAGUGUGCAAGUAGUGGUACCUCACUCUGAGUUGUUUCCUUACCUGGAGGGCUGGACUUUUCCCCUGGAACCUCCACUCUAGUACCUGUCAUUCAAGCAGAACCAAACCCCCAAACCUUCCUGCCCUGAUGUGAGCAGCCUACCCAGGCUUCCAGGCCCCAUCUCAGGCCUGCUCUGAGUUGGCCUCGUUGUCAGCUCCUGGAGGCAGAGACUGGCACUACCACAAAGCUCCUUGGGGAUGGCUGCUCCCAGGAUCCCUGCUGAGGUUCUUUCCUUGGCCUCCUGCCAGUGGCGGGUGAGAGGUUGACAUGGAAAAGGUGCCUCAGCUGACUGGCCCUCAGGCACUGAGACACAUGGGGCUGUGGCUGGUAAGGGGGAGACGGAUGACCUCUCGGGCACCAUCCCACCCUGAAGCUGGCUCAUCCCUUUUCCUAAGCCUGGGGGUGGGUACUUACUAGCAUGCACCUCAAUCAGGCUGCCCAAUAAGGUCAGCACCAUUUAUGAGGUUUAUUUAUUUUUCUUGUUCCUACUCCUACUAAAGAACCCUGUCCCAAUA